AUGCGGGAAAGACCUAUAAGAUACAAACAACGAAAAUAUACUAACAUUGCGUGUACUAGUUGCCGAAGUAAACAUAAAAAAUGCAUUGGCAAUCCUUGUAAUUUCUGUAAAGAACAAAAUAAACCAUGCAAUUUUGUUAAAGGGGCUAAGCGCGGUCCCAAAAAAAAGAUUCACAAACAUCAACCAGAAGUGAACAGAAAAAACUUGAUUGAUAACAACACUCAUCCAAACUCGGCUAAUAUUCAUAACGAUAACCACAUUCAGCAAAAUUUGACUCAUAUGGCUCCUCAAAACUUGCUUAAUGUCAACGAUUGCCAUCAUAUUCAACCAAAUUUGAUUAAUGCUAAUUGUUCCUAUCACUUUAUUCAACCAAACUUGAUCAAUAUCAGUAACCACCAUUAUACUCAGCCGAAUUUACUCAAAAUCCAUAAUACUCACACAAGUUUCUGCGGUGAUCGUAUUUGGUAUAACCCUCAUCAAAUGUUUUGUCAACAAAUUAUAUAUGGAGAUAAUCCUGCUUAUUAUUAUCGCAAACAAGAUAAUUUGCUUAUGCAAGACGCUUCUUACAGUUUUGAAUCACCAACCACUGGCAAAGAUUUUUAA